CUGCCCGCUCGCAGCGCUCCAUGGCGGGGCCGGCGGCAGUGCGGCGGCAGGGCCGAUGCUGCGGGGCGCUGCUGGUGCUGCCGGCCGUGCUGGUGAGCUGGGCCGCCUGCCAGGCGCCGCCGGUGCCCGCCGCACAGCCGCCCCCGGACGGCGCCGAGCUCCGGGUCGAGCGGCGCUUCGUGCCCGAGAGCUGCCCGCGGGCCGUGCGGCCCGGAGACUUCGUGCGCUAUCACUACCUCGGCUCCUUUCCCGACGGCACCCGCUUCGACUCCAGCUAUGACAGAGGAUCCACAUUCAAUGUGUUUGUGGGAAAAGGUCAACUUAUUGCUGGGAUGGACCAAGCUCUGGUCGGCAUGUGCGUGAACGAGCGGCGCUUUGUGCAGAUCCCCCCCAAGCUCGCCUAUGGAAGUGAAGGUGUCUCUGGUGUGAUACCCCCCAAUGCUGUGCUCCAUUUCGAUGUGCUCCUGAUAGAUCUUUGGAACUUGGAGGAUGAAGUGCAGGUUCAGACUUACUUCAAACCUGAGAAGUGUCCUCGAACAGUCCAGGUGUCUGACUUUGUACGAUACCAUUACAAUGGAACAUUCCUAGAUGGGACCCUGUUUGAUUCAAGCCAUAAUCGGAUGCGGACUUACGAUACUUAUGUGGGAAUUGGGUGGCUGAUUCCUGGUAUGGACCAGGGUCUCUUGGGAAUGUGUGUAGGAGAGAAGCGCAUUAUCACAAUACCACCUUUCCUGGCAUAUGGAGAAGAAGGAGAUGGUAAGGAGAUACCUGGCCAAGCUUCCCUUGUCUUUGAUGUGGUUUUGCUAGACCUCCAUAACCCCAAAGAUGGCAUUGCUAUUGAGAACCAGCAGGUGCCUGAGUCUUGCGAGCGGAGGAGCCAGGCAGGAGACUUCCUCCGGUACCAUUACAAUGGCACACUCUUGGAUGGCACACUGUUUGAUUCCAGCUACUCGCGGAAUCGCACGUAUGACACCUAUGUUGGGCAAGGUUAUGUCAUUGCUGGAAUGGAUGAAGGUUUGCUUGGUGUGUGCACUGGUGAAAAAAGGAGAAUAAUCAUCCCCCCUCACCUUGGAUAUGGAGAAGAAGGAAGAGGGAAGAUUCCAGGAUCUGCAGUGCUGGUCUUUGACAUCCAUGUGGUUGACUUCCACAACCCCUCAGAUUCAGUCAGCAUUACUGUGAACUAUAAACCUUCCAACUGCACCGUUCUGAGUAAGAAAGGGGAUUACUUGAAGUAUCACUACAAUGCUUCACUCCUGGAUGGUACUUUGCUAGACUCAACACACAGCCUCGGCAAGACCUACAACAUAGUUCUGGGAUCUGGGCAGGUGGUGGUGGGGAUGGACAUGGGUCUGCAAGACAUGUGUGUUGGGGAGCGCCGAACUGUUGUUAUUCCACCUCAUCUUGGGUAUGGAGAAGAUGGAGUUGAAGGAGAAGUGCCGGGUAGUGCUGUACUGGUUUUUGACAUCGAACUGCUGGAGCUGGUGUCUGGCUUGCCCGAAGGGUACAUGUUUGUGUGGAAUGGGGAAGUCUCUCCUAAUCUGUUUGAAGAAAUAGACCAGAAUCACGAUGGAGAGGUUCUUUUGGAGGAGUUUUCAGAGUACAUACAAGCUCAGGUCGAUUCGGGUAAAGGAAAACUAGCUCCUGGGUUUGAUUUUGAAAAGAUUGUGAAAAACAUGUUCACCAAUCAAGACCGGGAUGGAAAUGGUAAAGUUACUGCUGAAGAAUUCAAGUUGAAGGACCAGGAGGCCAAAGAAGGACAUGAUGAACUGUAAAGAACCAAAAAGCAAAGAAGUCCUGAACUGAGCUACUGUUUGAACGUGCGUACUGAAAGAGGUUUGGGCGGGCAUGUUUCUGAAAGGUCAGCACUCAGCCAGCCUGCGUCUGUCCACUGUGCUGGCAGGCUGCUACAUGGGAAGAGGGUUUGCAGUUGGAAUCAUUAGGUCUAUUUGAAGAAAGUGUUCAGUGCCUCAAGUUAGGAUGUGCCAACAGAUAGAGUAUACAGCUGGACCUGAGCCACAGGGCCUGGCUUUAUGCUGAAGAUUAGAUGUUCUCAUUGAACAACACACAGGGGGGAUGGGUGAAUCAUUU